UGAGCUGCUUCAGGAAAAGAGGUGCCAGUCAGCCACUCCACCGCCCCUGCUGUCCCCACAAAGAAGCUCUGCCUACCCCCUCAGCGACAGUGAGGACUCUCCCCGCUCUGCUGGACUCUCCAAAGYCUCCAACUCCAGGCUGUGCCACAAGGACUGGAACAGGCGCACAUCCACUCUGCGAAGCUCCUCCACGAGCCCAUCGGACACCGACUCCCCGAGCCACCCGCUCAAAGCCAUCAGUGUGGGCGCUUUGGAUAAAAGGCUGUCCGUGUUCAAGGCUGACCAAAAGGAGACUCCAAAUGAGGCUCAAGAUGGGGAAGCAAUAGGGAGCCACCCGCUCACCCGGAGCACUCUGUCCUUGGGCACCGCCCCCAAAUUGAGGACCUUCUCCAUCAGCAGGGUGAGUGUCCGCUCGCAGGUGCUGGACAUCAGGCAGAAAAUCACAGCAUGGGAAUGCCGCCAGGAGCUGUCCCCCAGGACCAAUGUGUGUGUGGACAAGAGGGAUGCUGGGGAGAGGUCAGGCAGUGAGAGCUGCCCCAGUGUGCUGACCUCUCCCUGCAGUGACAAGACUUUUGAUUUCAAAGGGUUCAGAAGAAUGAGCCGAACAUUUUCUGAGUGCUCUUACCCAGAGACAGAGGAGGAGGAACUGCUGGACAGGGAUUCCUGCCAUCGGUUUGAAAAGAGACCAGGCAGGAGUGAACCUCCUUCCGCCACUUUCCUUAAGAGCCACGUGAGGAAAGAGUCCUCAGCCGUGCUCAACAGAAUCCAGAAAAUUGAGCAGGCACUGAAGGAGCAGUCGGGCAGAGGCCUCCCCCAGUUACCAAGUAGCUGCUACAGUGUUGACAAAGGGAGGAAAACGUCUGGGACUCCGAGUACUGCGGAGGGACUGAGCGAAACCCUGAGCGAUAGCAAAGGAGGGAGUGUUAUUUUGGGGAGUGAACCAGAAACACCUCCUGAGGCUGAGAAAAGCAGUAAAACAAAACAAGGGAUUACUGCCAACUCAGCUGGCCCCAAACUGCUCCUGGAAAACCCGGCUAACAGUGCCGUGAAUCCCGUCCCCAAACCCAAACGCACCUUUGAGUACGAGGCAGAUAAAUCCCACAAAAGCAAACCAAGCAAUGGCCUACCUCCAUCUCCCACACCUGCUGGUCCUCCUCCCCUCCCGUCCACUCCUGCUCCCCCUGUGACCAGAAGGCAGAAGAAGGAGUCGCGCUUUCACAGAAAAUCCCAGAACAGAAAAUCCUUUGAGUUUGAGGAUGCCUCAAGUCUGCAAUCCCUGUACCCUCCCUCCCCAACGGAAAAUGGAACUGAGAGCCAGCAUAAAUUUGGAUCCAAGAGCACUUUAGAAGAAAAUGCCUAUGAAGACAUUGUAGGCGAGUCACCCAAGGAAAACCCGUACGAGGAUGUGGAGCUGAAAGGCCGUCACGCGGGGCGAAAAUCCCAUCAGCUGUCUGAGAAUUCCCUAGAUUCCCUGCACAGGAUGUGGACGCCGCAGAACAGGAAAUACACAGCACCUCCGCAGCUGCCCUUGAAGCCCAGCAGCCACUCCCUGCGCGUCGGGAACUGGUCAGAGAGGAAGAGCCACCGCCUGCCACGGCUGCCCAAGCGGCACAGCCACGAUGACAUGCUGCUGCUGGCUCAGCUGGGCAUCCCCUCCUCCCCCUCCAGCCUCAACGAGGACAGCCUGAGCACUGCAAGCGAGCUGCUGUCCACACGGCGGGCCAGGAGGAUCCCAAAGCCAAAUGGAAAAGGCCCCCGCCUACCUGAAGUUUACUGUGUCAUCAGCCGCCUGGGGUGCUUUGACUUAUUUUCCAAGAUCCUGGAUGAGGUUGAAAGGAGAAGGGGAAUAUCUGCUGCCCUGGUUUAUCCAUUUAUGAGAAGUCUGAUGGAAUCUCCUUUUCCUGCACCUGGAAAGACAAUCAAAGUCAAAACCUUCCUGCCUGGAGCUGGAAAUGAGGUCAUUGAGCUGCGCAGGCCCAUGGACUCCCGCCUGGAACAUGUGGACUUUGAAUGCCUUUUCAAGUGCCUCAGCGUGCGGCAGAUCAUCCGCAUCUUUGCCUCUCUCCUGCUGGAGCGCCGCGUCAUUUUUGUAGCAGACAAACUCAGCACCCUGUCGAGCUGCUCCCACGCUGUAGUGGCCCUGCUGUACCCCUUCUCCUGGCAGCACACCUUCAUUCCUGUCCUGCCCUCAUCCAUGAUUGACAUUGUGUGCUGCCCGACCCCCUUCCUGGUGGGACUGCUUUCCAGCUCUCUGCCCAAACUCAAGGACCUGCCCGUAGAGGAGGCUUUGAUGGUUAACCUGGGAUCUGAUCGAUUCAUCAGACAGAUGGAUGAUGAAGACACACUAUUACCUAGAAAAUUGCAAGCUGCUCUGGAGCAGGCUCUAGAGAGAAAAAAUGAACUGAUAAAUCAAGAUUCAGAUAGUGAUUCAGAUGAUGAAUGUAACACCCUGAAUGGAUUAGUGUCUGAGGUUUUUAUCCGAUUCUUUGUGGAGACAGUUGGCCAUUAUUCCCUGUUCCUAACCCAGAAUGAAAAAGGAGAGCGUGCCUUCCAAAGGGAGGCUUUCCGUAAAUCUGUGGCCUCCAAGAGUAUUCGCCGCUUCUUGGAAGUUUUCAUGGAAUCCCAAAUGUUCGCUGGCUUCAUCCAGGACAGAGAGCUGAGGAAAUGCAGGGCAAAAGGGCUCUUCGAGCAGAGAGUGGAACAGUAUUUGGAAGAGCUCCCGGACACUGAACAAAGUGGAGUAAACAAGUUCUUGCGAGGCCUUGGUAACAAAAUGAAGUUUCUUCACAAGAAGAACUAGCUCCUUCCUGCUGAAGCACCAACCCAAAGACUAUUUAUGGCACUGUGCGAGACCCCUGCGGCGUUCCAGAGUGUGGAGCGGGAGGAGUGCRGAGUGAGCUGAUGGCAGCUCCAGGCAAUGACUGAUGUUGUUAGUGUGCCACGUGAUAGCUCCUCGAUGGAUUUGGGUAGAAUUUGUACAUAAUGUGCUGUAAGCUUUUGUAACUGAUUUUGUAAUGGGCAAGAAAACUGUGGUAAAUAUUUGUAUAUUCCUGAGAAUAACAGGUGCUUGUUUUUUCUUUAGUAUGAAUUGAGUUAUGCUUGGUGCAAAAAUGAGUAGCUUAUUAUGUGCAGCUGACUGUCUCAGCAGAACCACUGACUUCAAGGGAUGUUUGAUGCCUGAACACUGCAGGGUGAAUGAGCUGGGGUACGUGGGAGAGGUUGUACACACGGGGUCGCUCUCGUGCGGGACAGGUAUUUGUUUUUUUAUCUUGUAAUUAAUUAUAAAAGAAAAAAUAUCGAAGUAACUCGAUAGUAAGGUACUUGGUUCACAAUACAAAACCUCCAUUGGUUUGAACUCUGGUCAGUAAACUUGUAACCCAUUCUGCACUAAGACUGCUAAGCCUGGGGGGAUCUCAGCUCUCUGACAUGCAAGCUGCAGUGAGUAGGUACAGUACAGCCUUUCCUAAUGUAUGUAUGUAUGGUUCCUAAUAAACUCUGUAAAUAGACCUGUUUGUUUAUAUUCAUUGCAAACCUCUGCAGUUCCUCACGUGGAGCAGGUACAAACCCAGCAACUUGCCUGUGAUUUUAAAAUGAAUUUGUAAUUAAAAUAUUAAAUGGUUAUUACAAGCCUGUCUUUUGGUAGGUUUGGUAUUUCAUGACAUGUAGUUUGGGGUUUCUUCAAUGCUUUUACUGGGGUUAAGACAAGGCACUUUAUAUCCCUUUUUAAAAAACUUCAUCCUAACACAAGCAUCUGUUAAAACAUUUCUUUUCAUGGGUUAGCAGCAAAUUAUUUUAUCAUUGUAUCAUAGAUACUGCUCCUAAACUUUGGUAUUUUCAGGUUGGUUUUGUGCUGUGCAUGGUGCUCAAUUCAUCCCUGCUGUGGGAACAGAACUCCUGUUGAGGUUCUGUGAGUUUUCCCAUAGUCUAAAGAAGAAAAUAUAAAGUGCUUGAGUAUGUUGCAAGUCUGACAGAUAAUGAAAAUUAGCUAAAGCUUCUUACCUUUAAAGGAAAGACACCACGCUCUGUUUUUCAUCAUCUGCAGCACAAUUGCUGUGGUUAAAUCGACUUUGAGGCUUGCGCAGUUCCUAACCUGACAGUGGUUCUGGUUUGCUAUCAGCCUCAUAGAGCAAAUUCGAGGGACUAUUCACUAAAAAGGUGAAGUAGUUUCCUUUUUUAAUUACCUCCCUCACACUCCAGAAUAUACAAAAGUUUCUUAGGUAUAUAUCAAAUGGCUGUAAAAUACUGGGUGCUUUUGAUUCAGGGGAAAUGGUAUCACAACUGAUAACUUCCAUUAGUUUUACUCUGUAAUAUGCUCUAAGUUUCAGAAUGACUCCUCGAUGUAAUUCUUCACAGUGGAAGGAAUAAUGUCACUUGUACAGGUGACUUCUGGUCUUUUUGUAAACCACAGCUGCUAGUACGGGGAAGUACAUUUUUCUCUUCAAAUGAUGGAUAAAACUAUCAGACGUGCUGUGAAGUUACUGCAAAGGCGAGAUAAAGCCACAGAAUGCUGAUGUGCAAGAAUGUGGUGCUGUAAAACCCAUCUCCUUCACCAAAGCUGCUUUCCUCCAUUUGCACUUUAAAAUUUUAAAGGAGAAAGCUUUUAAACGUUGUGUUAUCUGUCAACGUGUUCCCACUUUUGUAACGUGAAUCAGAGGAUACUGCUGGCCAAGGUGAAAUCACGUCCCCAAAAAUCUGUAGGUGCCUUCGUGAUCCUCAGACUACAGCUGUGUAAAACAAUCCAUGUGUUAUCUGGAGAUUUGUGUUUGAAAAGAUCAGAUUAACAAAAACCAAGGAGUGCAUUAUUUCCCUACUAAAUUAGUUGUUAAAACUAGUGGUGUUUCUGAGCAUGGAGGAAUGCACCAAAGAACUCCCGAAGAAAAAAAGAUCCAGUGCUGAGGUCUAUCAAUUUCAAAAAUAAAGAUUUGUUUAAAAUCUUACAGUAUAAGAUGCAUAAAAAACCCUCCCUAGAAACCAAGCUUAAAAAACAGUAACACUCCAGGAAUUCACUCUCCAGUGUGGUAAAUAAUUGUGUUUAAAGACAAAGUGUUCAUUUUCCCAUUUUUAUGGAUAUUUAAUAAAGUGACCCAACUAACAAAUUUUCCUAAAUUGUGAAAAUCCUUCUUUUCC